AUGGGCAUCAGUUACGUUUGGAUUGAUUCUCUCUGUAUUGUCCAGGACGACCCGGAGGAUUGGAACCGCGAGGCAGCUCUGAUGAUCCAAAUUUACCGGUACGCCGAAUUCACUGUGGCUGCUGCCGUCCCGCCGACAAAGCCCGAUCUAGGCUUGUUCCGGCAUGGUGAUCCUUCUGAUAUCCUAUCCGUGAGACUUCCUGGUGUGCGGGGCCCCCAGGAGGAUGGGUCGGGCCAGGAAAUCGUGGUUAUGAAACCUCAGAAGGAAACAUACGGAGAAAGCCCCCUUGUCUCCCGCGGUUGGUGUUUCCAGGAACGAGAGAUUUCUCGGCGCAUUUUGUACUACACCGAGACCCAGGUACUCUGGGAAUGCCGUACAGUCCGAGCUUCCGAGGGCCUCCCCAACGGGAUACCGGAAGUAGAAUACUGGUCAGACGACGAGGACACACCAGGUGAUAAAACCUGGCCAGGCCGGAUGUUGGACAACGAAAUCAGCAGUGGCAGGGUUGACAGAUCCUGGCGUCGAGCCGUGGAGGAUUAUUCAGCAAGACAUCUUACUGUAUUCACCGACAAGCUCCCGGCUCUAGCUGGUCUGGCUGCCGCUGUACGGGACUACAAGCCUGCCAACUGCCGAUACUUGGCCGGCUUGUGGGAAAACGAUUUCCUGGAGGGUCUUCAAUGGUAUUCGCGAACAGGCCGUGAUGGCUUCAACGAAUACCAACGUACCAUCACGAACACACGUUAUCCGGAGUAUGUUGCUCCGACAUGGUCGUGGGCUUCGGUGGCAGGCCCCAUCUCAUAUGUUCAUACCUCGGCCCCAGAGAGCGCAGAAUCUGCCGAGUACGCGCUCAAGGUUUUGGACAUCCAUGUCCAAACAUCUACCAAUGAUCCUUUUGGAGCCGUCACGCACGCCGUUCUCACUUGUACCGCGGCGCUGGUUCCCGGUGCAUUAUGGGCCACCAGCUCGUACGAUUACUGCGUGAAAACCGCUGAUGGAGUGAGCGUCGGAGUGAUGGACUUCGAUGCCCCCCAGGAGAAAUACGACAGAGAAGGGGUGGAGGUUGUUUUUUGCAUCAAAUUUGCGAGCAUUGGCCAUGGCCCAGGCUUGGCCAUCCUACCUACGGGCAACAGGGAAAAUGAGUACAGGAGAGUGGGAUGGAUGGAAAGUAUGUACUGGGAUGAUUCUUUUAAUACCGAGAUCAAGGAUAUCACCAUCAUUUAA